AACAGGGAUAACCAAUCACAGAGUAUAAAUUAAGGGCGAGAUAUCGUUCUGUACAGUUCUUUGUUUUAGAUAGAUAAUUUCCACUCUCAUCAUGUUCCGAUACCUUCUGGUUUUCUCGUUGGUCGUUUUAUUGAUCACGGAGGACGUAUGCGCUUGGAGAAGAAUUAAAACAGUCUUGGAUAAGGUUGACAAAGGCGUCCGUAGGGUCAGAAGAUUAGUAGAUUCUGCUAAAACUGUCCUGUCUAUCUUUAAUGGGAAAAGGUCCACAGAUGAUGACGUUCUCAAAUUAGACAUCUGUCAAUUUUCAUCUUUUGAUCUGGACAACGACAACAGCAUUAGUGACUCGGAAAUAAAUGUCCUUAUUGAAAUGACUGGGAUGGAUGAUCUUGAUGAAUUCUUUGAACAACUUGAUAUAAACAAAGAUGACAAAGUCACAAUUGAGGAGCACACCAAUUCCAGACUUAUCAAGGAGGCAUGUUCAUGAUGUGAAUCGUUUCCAUCCAGUUUAAUUUUUUUUCACAUUCAAAUUUUUAAUGCAUCUGAUAGACUGUUUAAACUUAACUCUUGAAUAAAUUAAAUUCCUUUUUCA